AUGACAAAUCUUGAUCAGAGUUGGAUUAGUAACCGGUUGCAACGAGAUAAAAUUACUCUAAAUUUAGAAUAUAGGGAAGGUGUAGAGGAAUUUUUGAAUUUUGCAAGCUUGAAAAUGGAGGGAGGUAUGAUGAAUUGUCCUUGCAAGCUUUGUAAAAAUUUGAAUUGGUUAGGGGUAGAUGAUGUUCGGUUUCAUUUGAUAUCCGAGGGUAUGAUGGAGAGUUAUACGAUAUGGACUUCGCACGGAGAGGUUUCGCAAAAAAGUAAAAAGCGAAAAUCAUGUGAAACGCGAGAAUGUCGUAGGGUAGUAGAUGAUCAUGUUGAUAUCAACUCCAUGUUACAUGAUUUUGCCGGUUCGAAUCAUGAAUUUUAUGAUACCACGGGUACUACUAAUGUUGAAGAAGCUCCUAAUGAUAGUGCUAAAGAAUUUUAUAAGGCGAUUGUUGGAAAUGGUGCUCCUAUUUAUCUCGGUUGCACAAAAUUUACAAGGUUAAGUUUUACCGUAAAAUUGUUGGAGUUCAAAAAUGCGUCUAAUUGUAGUGACAAAGCCUUCAACAGUUUGAUUAAGAUCAUUAUGGACGUGUUACCAAAACAUCACACAUUACCCGAGUCUUAUUAUGAGAUGAAAAAGGUUAUGAAAAGUUUAAGGGUGGAAUAUGAAAAAAUUGAUGUGUGCGAGAAUGAUUGUAUGCUAUUUUAUGGAGAUGACAAAGAUAAAAUUGUGUGUGAUAUAUGUAGUUGUAAUCGAUAUUUGGAUAAAUCAAGGAAAAAUGGUAAGAAAAUUCCGAGAAAAAUUUUAAGACAUUUUCCUUUGAUUCCCCGACUGCAACGGUUAUAUAUGUCGGCACAUACAUCCGACCAUAUGAGGUAUUACAAAAAUCGAGAGGUCAAUGAAAAAGAAAUAUCUCACCCUGCGGAUGGAGACGAAUGGAAGAAUUUUGACCUCUGA